GGAAAGAUCUCGGACUGACUUUUUUCAAGCUUGCUCCGUCCGAGGAAAAUAAUGAAUGCAGCUUAUUUUUUAAAGCAAUACGGAUUCUCUCUUGACUUAAAUGUGUAUUUUAAGACGUGCCCUAUUUAACGUUGGUGCUGCAUUACUGUCCGUGUCUCUCCCUAUGCACCAUUUUUCUAGGAUUCACACCCUCCAUCUUCCCUCAUCCCUGGUGAUUCAACGCGUUAUGAUGUGAUAUUGGAACAUCAGUGAGCCAGUGGCUGGGAGUGGGAUAGAGCAUGGGAUUGGCCCUCGGAGACAGGAACCACACUCUUAUUCCUGAGGCUCCGAGGUCUCUGGCCCCUUAGGGCACACAAUAGACAGCGAGCAGCUCUGAGGUAAAUUGCGGAGCGGGGCUGAACGGUAUCAUUACUGACCUUUCUGCACAUUGUUUAGCCAGCCUCACCGACAAUGGACACAAUUCAAUGGAUAUCAAUCAACAAAGAGGUAUACGAGGAGGCAUAAAAAGGUGGUGAUGGAGUCUGAGGAGCCAGAGCUGAGGGAGUGUGAUGAAGCCUUUGAGUCAGAUGAAGGCAAUGUGGAGUCUUACCUGGAAGAGCCAGAGAGCAGCAGGGAGCUCCAGGAGAGGCUCAAGGAGCUGGAGGCUGAGAAUUCCACCCUGGCCCUUGCGAAUGAAAGCCAGAGAGAAGCAUAUGAAAGGUGUCUGGAUGAGGUGGCCAACCACGUGGUACAGGCCCUUCUGAAUCAAAAGGACCUGCGGGAGGAGUGUAUUAAGCUGAAGAUGCGUGUGUUUGACCUGGAGAGACAGAACAAAACCCUGACUGAGCUCUUUGCCCAGAAACGACACCCCCAGGCCAGCCAUCUGCAACAGUUGCAGUUGGUGUCUGUCUCAGAGCACAGCACAGAGCCCAGCACAGAGCCCCUGACCAUGGACAGUGACAAAUUGCUGGUGUCCAAAAACCAGGGGGGACUCAAGAGCAAUGGGGACCGCACACAGAACGGGUCAGCCGCAUCGGCCCGGGCCACCUCCAUGGAGGCCCUGUCUCCGUUUUUCAAGAAGAAAGCACACAUCCUAGAGGUCCUGCGCAAGCUGGAGGAGUCAGGCCCACUCAAGUUCCACCCCUCCUCCUGCCUGUCCCCCCACCAUGACCUGGGCCAGGCGCUGGUCUCCAUGGAGAGAGACCAGAUAUCCCUGAUGUCCUCUGAGGCGUUACCUGCCCCACAGCGCCCGGUGGCACACCCAUCGUCACGCUGCCGCCACUCCAGCUCUGACUCAGACAUUCAUGAUUAUGCCAAUGGAGAAGGGGCUCUCCAGGAGGACCAUGCCCAGCAUCAGCAACAACAACACGGGAGCUGUCAGUCCUGCCACAUACUCUCCCAGAAGAGCAGCCUGGACAGCCUGCUGAAGUGUGCCCAGGGCCACGGUGCCUCACACCAGGCCAGAGUGGAGAUCCUUAACAGGCAGGCCUGUGCAGAGGACCAGGGGGCAUUGGCACAGAGCACAAGCCCUCCCCAGGCAGCGGCUCUUUCCCACCUCCUCUCUGCUGACAGCACAAACCAGUGCUACAUGCACAAAACAGCUUUGGACUUUCUAGAGCGCACUCCAGAAGGUCUGGGUUCUUCUGAUCCUUUCCUCUCCUUGCUAAUCCAAGCCAACCUCAACGGGAUGCUAGGGCAGGAGCCCAGGAAGUUACAAAAACACACAGACAAGCAGCCGUCCGGCAAGGUACAGCCCUCUCACAGUGAGGAUAUAAAGCACAUAAAGGCUGUCAUGGCAACGUCGCAGAGCCAGAACGAGGACAGUCCGGAAGAGUGCUGCUACCUGGAAGUAGAGGCAGCGGCACACAAUGUGAACAACAGCCUGCACUCUUCUACCUCACACACAGACCAUGUUGAGACUGAACCAGGAUAUCCCAAGGAGCAGGAAGUGAGUGAUCAGAUCUGCAACGGGCUCUACUUCUCCAAUGAAACGUCUGUCUCCAAGAAGGUGGCGGUGGAAUCUUACUCUCCAGCCCCAGUGCCUGAGAGGAACAGCUCAGCUCAGGCCCUGCCUCCCUCUGGGAAGAGCAAGCUUGCACUCAGCCCCACCUCUCCCUCCUCAGGUCUGAGUGAAGUCAAGCCCUCCCCUAUCUCCUCCCCGUCCCGGCUGCUCAAGUUCCUGAAGAUCCCUCCGGGGAUCAACCAGGCACAACCAGGCAACCCCCUCCGUCUAAGUCCCCAGCUCACCCGCAGCUCCAAGAUCCCCUGCAGGAACAACAACAACUAUGAGGUGUACCACUCUCCCAUCCUGACCCGCAAAGCCACCACCACAGAGAGGGAGAAGCAGCCAUCCUCAUCCUCCUCCAAAACAGACCCCUACCCUGCCACACACUCCGCCCCCACCUCCCCACCCAAAUCAGAGGACAUUGUGGACACCCCUCCCAUGGCCAAGGAGAUUGCUUUCAGCAGCCACUUUGUGCCCAAACCCAGCGUCAGCACAAAGGCACCCCCCUCCUCUCAUGCACAAAGGGGCUCUCAGAAGGUACCCCAAUAUGAGAAUGUCUGCCCCUCAGAUGGGACGCCCCAGUUCCUGGAGGAUCUUAAGACGUCCCAAUACCUCCCUUACCCCCAACCCGAGGGUCCUGUAGAGAAGCAGUGUCAGCAAGAUGAGAACCUCCUCAGCCCCCCGUCUUCACAGCACCCUGACUCGUCCCCAGGGACGGCUGACCAGGACUUCUCUGACCAGGACACUGACUCAGAAAGCCCCGUCUGGCACAAGCCAAACCAACACUUCAGCCUCCCCUCCUCGUCCUCCUCCGCCGUCAGUAAAAAAAAAGCACACAGUAGUCACCCCAGCUACUCCAGCAUGAGAGACAGGCACCAGGAGCACCGUGCAGCUCCGGAGCCCAGCCAACAGAACUGUGAACCUGCCCAGCCAACCCAGUGUUCAGCCAGGCGAGGUGACCCCAAGAGACUGGUGCAGGGCAAGACUCCCCAGAGUGAGUCCAGUCACCAGCCCUUCAAAGAGCGCCUGGCUGCUUUGGGGAAAAUGAAGAGCACAGAAGAUCUGCCAGUAGGUGCACAGUCCGUGGACAAGAAGGAUGCACAAAGUAACCUAGGUAAACCCCCCACCAACAAUAUUGAGAAAAGCAAGACCGCUGAAAGGCAAGGUGAGAGAACUGGAGCAGAGCAGCACAGAAAUCAGAAAUCCACUGAUUCCCUGGAUGGGAAGCCCUACCCCAAAACCAGCCUCGGCAGUCACACUAGGGUGAUAGGUCCAAUACAUGAAUCGGGCACCAAAUCCUCAGCCACCCCAUCAUUGAUACCCAAGGGCGAGCAGGAGACACCGUUUUCUCCCAGGAUAUAUGUAGCAAAAGCAGAGGGUCCAAAGAUCAAGAUGGGCACAUCAUCCUCCAACACAGAGACUCCUCCAGUGGUUCGCAGCUAUGGGAAAUGCCCCAUCACCCAGAGCCACCACAGUAAAACUGCCCCCAGCCCACAAAACAGCCCCACUAAAGUCCCGUCAAAGUCCCCUUCAAAGGUAGGUCAAGCUUCCUCUUAUCCCAGAGGGGUCAAACCCAUUCCUGAGGACCGUGCCCUGGCUCACAGAAACCCACAUCGGCCGGAAGACAAAACCAAGCUCCCGGCCGGCAAGAAGAAGACCUUUGGCCAUGCAGAGAGCUUCCCGCCUCCCCCUCCUCUGCCACCACGGCCAUCUACUGAAGCCAUCGCAAAAGAGGACAAAAAGCCGUACUCGUCUGGCCCACCCGUGCUCCAGUCUGCCAUUGAGCAGAAGGUAAUGCGUGGCAUCAAGGAAAACAUGCUGAAGCUGCAGGAGCAGGACCGGGGCCAGGUGGCCGAGCCAAAGCAGAAGGCCUCCAAUGGCAUCGCCAGCUGGUUCGGCCUGAGAAAGAGCAAGCUCCCCGCCCUCAACCGCAAACCGGAAGUGUCCAAGUUCAAGAUCAACAUAUCCUCAUCUCUUUCGUCAUCGUCUGCCUCUGGCGGAGGGGCUAAGGACCCUAAGACAGGUGGUCCCCAGAAGGUGGUGGAGAGCCUGAACAUCUCCAAGCUGAUGGAGAAGGCAGAGGACCUGCGGAAGGCGCUGGAAGAGGAGCGGGCAUAUGUGAACAGGGUCGGGAUGGACCUCUCUGGCAGAGGCCACUCUUGUGAGGUGGUGAUGGACCAGACCCAGGGCCAACUGUCACUCAUGUACAGAGGAAUGACCGCAGAGAACUUCAUGCAGCAGCUCCUCAACAGUCCCUCGACGUCUUGUUCUGGAAACAGGGUGGAAGAAAGGGGAGCUAUACCUACCACCUUUGGAAUGACACACAGACGCCUCUCCUUUGACUCUAAGAGGUCGCGGCCCAACUUCAGUCACCAGAGGAACGGGAUCAGCCACACCAAGAGCAGGGACGAGAUGGCCCAGGGUUCAGUUAUGAUCGGCAAGGAUGAGGUCACAUCAGAAGAGAGCUUGGCAGAGUCCAUUAGUUCUCAGCAUUUUACAGGUUCUGGGGCCUCCAUGCGCACCCUCGACAGUGGCAUUGGCACGUUCCCCAUGCCAGACUACGCCAGUAGCAUGGCAGGGAAGAGCAUCCCUAAGGGGAAGCCACAGGGAGAGCAAGGGUUUUCUUGCUCACAGGGGAAACAUGGGGCCAUGAUGAAGGUUCCGCGUAAGGCCCAUACACUGGAGAAAGAGCUGUCAACUCUGGAUGAAGUCAACCCGUUUGUCCUGUAUGACUCAGGGCUGGAGGGAAAAGGUACCAACAUGCACCUGUCCAGUACAAUCCACGAGGAUAUAGAUGCCUACGGAGCUCAUAUGCAAAAUCCCCUCACCAAGAACUGGACCUUUCCCAAUCUGAAAGGCUCUGCGGGAGCCACUGAUGUUUACCUGGAUGUGCAGGGAGACCUGGGGACCCCAUCCAGAAGGUUUGAAACAGUGUGCGCCCCCUGGCCACUGACCCAGGCAGCCUCCCCCUGCCACUCCAGACAGGGCUCAGCCGGCGGGGUAAGGGGCGGACGCCCAGCGCCUCGGAGGUGGGGAAGGACGGAGGGCUGGAGCUGGUGAAGGAGAGACCAGAGGACCUCCAGUCCCUGAGAGAGACGCCUGAAUCCCUCAGUGACUCCCUCUACGACAGCCUGUCCUCCUGUGGCAGCCAGGGCUAGGACCCAGGGACAGAUAGGGGAGCAGAGGGAGAGAUGGACCAACCGACACCCUUUAAACUACGGUUAAUGAUGCACGUCCAUCCCUCCUUGUGAUGGUGGCCCAGCCCAUAAGGCAGACCAAGUUGAAGUACCUCCUUCCCUCUUCCACACACACCGCUCUCUCUGCUGACCCUGUCUACUUUGCUGAGAUUUGAUUAGUACUGCUGGAAAACUCACCCUCAGGUUGACUGAUGUUCACACACACACACCAUUUGUGGAACUAGACUGAGAAUUGGUCACUGUUGUUCUCCAAGCAACAAGCAUCUGAUGACAGACCAGCUCAACUCAAAUGUACACACUGAUGAGAUGCAUGGGAAAAUAGCACCUCGUUCGAGACAGCCACACGAUCACCAUGGUCUGGAUAAUCUGAAGAAUUGUUGUUAAAUAAUUUAACCAGGCUCCUGAAGUCGGCCCCAAGAAGUGGCUGGUAUCAGGGGUUUUUCAAGUCUGUCCUGGAUGUGGACAUGUUUCAGUCAUGGAAAACUGGCCAGCCAUUAAUGCCAGAAAACAACCACAUUUUACUGCCCACUAAAUAUGUCGCAAUGUGGGGAUCGACUAUAAUAGACUUCCCUGUUUUCAGUUAUGUUCUUUUUUUAACUGUUGUGCUUUGUUACAUGUUAUAUAUCAUGUAAUUUUAAGUUAAAUAAAAAAGUGUGGGUAUGAAUGGAAGGAUGUGUGUAUGUGAGUGAGACUUAAUGCAGGGUCUCCACAUUAGCUAUGACCAUGUCAAUGAGCUUCUGACAGGAGAAAAGAAGUUCACACUUUCUCUGAAGCUGCCAUAUAGUGUACUGUUUCACAACCUACUGUAACACGUGUGACGUAACAGAUAGUGGCAGAUCAUGACAACAGCCAUUAUAUUACACUUAUGACCAGACAUUACCUAGUAGUGUAUGUGUUAUGGACAAUGAAAUGCGAAGAAUCUCAACCAAGAGUCAAAUGUUUUACAUGUGUUUGAUCCAUUGUCAGACUGUUUUACAUAGUGAAACAUUUGUCAGGAAUAAUGCCAUUAUAACAGCAUUAUAUAGGCAGCCUGUGACUGCGCCAUUAACAAUGAAGUUCUAAACUGAGCUGCUAUUUAAUACUCAAAAUAGUUUGACAAGCUGAAAGAGUAAAUAAGUAACACGAUCCAUCCACCUUUUAUAUACUAUAAACUGAGUUGGUAUACAUGAGCCAGGAUUCAAUUCAAGACGCGUUAAAGAACAGCGUACUUUAACAGACUUUUUAAAGGUAAUUUGUGCUUAACCUGACAUGCACGGUGUUUACCAUGAAUGCGAUCUAUGUGAAUGUCUGGGGGAAAUGUCUUUAAAAGGCGCAUUGUCGGCUGUUUAGUCCACUGCUCUAUAACGCACCCUUCCAAAAAUCUUGUUUGGCACAGGUUCCUGCCAGAAACGAUUGAACCGAUAACUCUACUUUGUCUAAAACGCUCCACUAAAGCAAAAAGAUGGAUGUAGGCCUUCCUUGUGAAGAAGUAACGAUCCAGCCCCACUGAACAUAGAGUAGUUGCUUACUUCUGCAAUAUGGGCCAAUGUUUGCCUUUAACAGGCACAGACAGACACGCAUUCAAUCAAUUUACUGUUGUACAAUUAAGAAAGACAAAAUGUCUGUGCUAUAGGAAUGUUAAAGACGGAUCAUUGUUCCAUCACCAUUGCUGUACUGCAGAUGCUACACCAUGAUGUACACACAAGUGUUUUGGUAGGCUUACAGAUAUUUGUUGCAGGAGGAAGAGUAUUGUUUCUAAACACAUUUAGCAUUCGUAAAAAUCAGAGUUUAUCCUAAUGGAGAAGUGCUGUAUUUAAAUGUAUUUCCUAAAGUGCACUACUCUGGUUAAAAGUAGUGCGCUAUAUAGGAAAUGUGGUUCCAUUUGGAAUGCACCCCUUGUUUAAACGCCCACUUCAGAACAGCACCAAGAGACAAUAAGAAGGACAUGGACUCCUCCCUCCCUCCCAGCCCAUGUACUUGAUGAUGUCCUCAUAAGUAGUUCCAUCCGCUUCAUAACUCCCCACAAACUUCUUCAGGGAUAAGACAUCCUUGUGCUUCCAAACUCUGUGCUUUCAGAAGCAUGUGAUCUUUCCAAACUGACAUGGAUUAGACUUUUCUCGAGUUUACAUUUUUUCAUAAUCCCACUUUGAACAUUGCUUGUCCUUCAGCCCCCCCCCCCCCCCCCCCCCGGGGUUAACAAAAGAACUGUGUUAUACCAUGGAAAUGGAUAUCUGACUGUUACUGUAUAUACACUUCUCUGUGAGAACAGAUAGAUUUCAGUUGAAGAGGUUGUCUUCCAGAAUAUCUGCUGCCAUUCCACCCUUUCGACCCCAUCUGAAUCAUGGCUAAAUGAAAACAAGUGUGUGACAUGAAGCCCAUAAUCUUUAACAAUCAUCUCAUAAUAAAAAUGUUUCCAUGGGACAUAUUUAACACACAAUCAUUUUGUCUUGGAUUACUGUGUUCUACAUUGCGGCCAAACCAUAUACAACUAAAUAAUAACUAACCAACUACAGUACUUCAGAUGGUAGCAUUUUUCAUUCCAUUGGAAGUAACUGGGAGAUCCAUAGGUAGCUACAUGUUAACACCAUGGUAACACACGUCAUCUAUCUGCAGGGAAGCCUUUAUGGACUCCCUCUGUCAGUCAAACAUGGGUCUUAGCAACACCAUACACCUUAACUAUAGCAAUGCUGACCAGGAUGGAGUGGCGUCGAGGUGAAAUCUUUACUUAAUAUGUUUGCUUUAUGGACUCAUUUAUCUCACUUCAUUCAAAGAGGUUGUUGCAGCUCGAUCUAUUUGUUGUAUUUAUUUAUUUAUUUUUUGAGGGCAAAUCAUAAUCAAUGAACUUUUUGUUAUUGAUGUCGUUGACAUUGUUGUUAUAGACGUUUUUAUUCUGAUGCCCAUUAUUUUUGUACUAUACUCUUAUUUAAUUAAAGUUAUUUUUUUCCCAUGAGAA